GUAAAAUACCCUGAUUCUUUCGGUCUUAUACGAAAAAGAACUUACACCAGAAAAUUUGGCAACUCUGUUAUUUGUAGAAGCAAACUAUACGGAAAAAGAAGAAGAACAUUUCGUUACAAUUUAGCACAAAUUCUUAAAUAUUUGUUUAUAUUGAUUAAAAGUGUUAAAAUAAAUUAUUUGAAACACAAGCAUCAUAAUCAAAGUGACUUUUUCUAUAUCAGAGAUAUUUUCGUGUCUGAAUAUGCGUCUCCGGCGUACAUUUUUGCCGCGAUCUUUGCGCGAUAUUGGCUGUUUCUUAAUUAUGAUGACUUUCAUACCAAUAGCAUUCGUAUUUGAGUUGACCGUUGUUCUCCCGGAGUUCCAUGCAACAAAUGGCAUAGUUUAUUUCCUUACAUGCUUAUUUGGAAUAUUCCUUUUAUUUAACUUAAUGGCGAAUAUGCUAGCAUGCAUGUUGGUCGACACAAGUGCGAGAACUGUUGUGCUAAUGCCACCAACAAAUGAACGACAACGUCAAUAUUGGCGUUAUUGUUCGGUUUGUGAAAUGUUGGCGCCACCACGUUCCUGGCAUUGUAAUAUUUGCGAUACAUGUAUACUCAAACGGGAUCAUCAUUGCAGUUUUACUGGUUCGUGUAUUGGACAUCAAAAUCAACGUUAUUUUGUUUUCUUUGUACUAUAUUUGGCCAUUGGUGCCACAUAUGCGGCGAUUUAUAAUAGCAUCUACUUUUGGUGGUUACACUCGGAGACUUACGUCAACUGGUUGACUGCUAUUAAAAUCGUAUUUCCCAUGUUCAUGUUCUGUAUCGAUGUGUCGCGGCAAAACUUCUAUUUGCUUAUCUAUAUGCUGAAUAUAAUUACGAGUGCUUAUUCCAUUGUGCUAAUCGCUUAUCAUGCUCCUUUCAUAUUACGCGGAGGUAAGGAAUGCGAGCGAGAACCAAAACGUUAUGAUCUUGGUGUACGACGAAAUUUGGAAAUGGUUUUGGGUAAGCGUAUGAACAUGACUUGGAUAUCACCAUUCAUACAGAGUGACUUACCACAUGAUGGUAUACACUGGGAGAAUGUUAUAGACGAGACGGAAAAACGUCGAUAAUAUUGACAUGUAAACAUAUGCGAGCUAACCGAAGAAUCUCUAGUCUAAUUCCGUAUUUUAUGUGAAUUUUAAAAGCAUUUAUCUUACGUGUAUCGAAAUUUACACUGCGUGUUGAAAUCGAAUUUUUCGUUUAUAAACAAAAUUUCUACCUUUAAUUUUUAACUAUAAA